CCUGGACAUUAAUGAUCCAUCUCACAUCAACAUACCUCAACAAGCCCAGUUGAUGACAUCCUACAUAUAUACUUCAGCAAUGCUAUGAGUGAUCAUCGUCAGUGAGCACACGACAAUUUCCCUCCGCCUCCUCUUGCCUCCUCUGCGUGCGACUUCGACUGCGACUUCCUUCCUUCUGCCGCCACAAUGUUCACGCGUGCCUUCCUCAUCUGAACGACACUGUAAUUUCCCUGCGCAGGCAAGAGCCUCCGGCGCACACGACCAGCGACCAGCGACCUGCCGCCUGCCGCCUGCCGCCUGCGCUUUUCUUGCAACAUCCAGGCUGCCUCCUUGAAUCUCCUCCACCAUGUCCUACGUCGUACCCAUUCAUCAUGCAAGCGGAGUCAGGCAUGCCAUCAAGCUCAACUUCCUCGAGCCUGGGAUCGACACCCUUGUCGUUGCAAAGGCCAAUCGUCUGCUCAUCUACGAACAAGGCCCUGAGGGCCUGAACCUGCUCUACACCAAGACCGUCUAUGGCUACAUAACCAUCCUUGAAAGCAUACGACCCUCCUCGUCAAGAACCGAUCAUCUCUUCGUCGGCACAGAUCGCUAUCAGUACUUCACAUGUUCAUGGAAUCCCAACCUCAAACAACUUCACACCGAGCAGAGCUAUGUUGACCUUGCCGACAAGGUACUUCGAGACUCUAGAGAAAACGAUCGAUGUCAUAUAGAUCCUACCAGGCGCUUCAUGACACUCGAACUUUACGAUGGCGUUGUGUCAAUCCUGCCUUUUAUACAACCCUCCAACAAGCGUCAGGCACGGGACCACAGCUCCGCUUCGCCAGUCGGUUCACUGGGCGAGCCUGUUCAAGUCAGAAUCGAAGAGCUCCUGACCAGAUCAUCAGCUUUCAUGGAUGCCGAGCCUGGCUCCAAAGACAAGCCCCAACUCGCUAUUUUAUGGGAGGACAAUUCUGAGAAUCCCCAGUUGAAACUUCGGCAAUUGACGUAUCUGCCUACCGGGGAUCAACCUACCGCCGAACUCGAAACUGUCGCCGAACUGAGUGGGGACCAGCUCGAUCAAGGAGUUAGCCACCUCAUUCCCGUCUCUGCUCCUUACUAUGGCUUUCUCAUCCUUGGUGACCAUGCCAUUCGCUAUGUCGACCGAGACCUCAGUCAUGUCGUGACCCAAGACCUUGCCGACGAAGCUACGAUAUGGACUUGCUGGACCAAGAUCGACGAUACUCGCUGGCUCCUGGCCGACGACUACGGAAAACUGUUCUUUUUAAUGAUAGAGGUCGGUGACCUUGACGUGCUAGGCUGGAGACUCGAUCCUGUCGGUGUGGCCUCCAAAGCUUCCACCUUGGUCUACCUCGACGACGGCUAUGUUUUUGUCGGCUCGCAUUCGGGUGACUCCCAGGUCGUACACAUCGAAGAGGAAGGAAUUCGCAUCGUCCAAACCUUGGACAAUAUCGCCCCGAUCCUGGACUUCACAAUUAUGGAUCUCGGCCGUGGUGCAGAUAGCGGUAAACCUUCGGAGUUCUCUUCAGGUCAAGCACGCAUCGUCGCAGCCUCGGGAGCUUGGCAGGAUGGCUCUAUUCGCAGUGUCAGAAGUGGUGUUGGACUUGAGUUGCUCGGUACCAUUGGAGAACUCUCCCACAUCACCGAUUUAUGGGCUUUGAGUUCCACCGGGAGGGGGCGGACUCAUGAUAUAUUGGUAGCUUCCUUUGUCAAUGAGACCCGAGUCUUUGCCUUUGAUUCGGAAGCCACAGUGGAGGAAUUAGACGAUUUUCAUCAUCUCGACCUCUCCCAGCCCACGCUGCUUGCCGCCAAUUUCUCCGAUCGAAAACUGGCGCAAGUGGUAGAAUCGGGUGUCCGAAUAACAGACCUCGACUCAGGCAUGCAGACCCUUGACUGGAGACCCACUGAUGCCUCGUCCAAACUGACCGCCGCUGCUUCAAACUCUGUGCACCUGCUCGUGGUCCAGGGCGGACACACCCUACAUGUCUUCCAUACCGCCCAUAGUGACUCGAAACCAUCCGUCUCUAAAACAUUUCCAUCCGACUCGCAGAUCUCGGGUGUUGCCAUACCAGAAUCCUCCAGCAACAUAUGCGUCGUUUUGUUCUGGCAGUCCUCCUCGGUCGCCAUUCUGGACUUGCACUCGCUCGAGCCCACAUGUUUACAGACCCUUGGAACGCCCGGCACGGAUAUUCCACGGUCUGUUCUCGUGGCAAACGUUCUGCCUGAUGCACCACCCUCUCUGUUCAUCGCAAUGGCAGAUGGCACUGUCUUGACCUACUCACUCGACUUGGCAAAUAAUUCGCUUUCCAACAUGAGUCGAGUCAUACUCGGGACAGAACCUGUCUUCUUUAAAGAGUUACCCAGAGGCCAAGGCCCCGACUCCAAUCUCUCCCAUGUUUUUGCUUCCUGUGAACAACCAUCUUUGAUCUACUCAUCGGAGGGGAGGAUUGUUUUUUCGGCAGUUAAUGCAGAAAGCGCAUCACGGGUAUGCUACUUCAACACUGAAGCAUAUCCAGAUGCGGUCGCAGUCGCCACUCCAUCCGAACUUCAGCUUGCCUCAAUUGGCACCAAGACCGCGACCCAGCUGCAAACACUUCCGAUCCGGGAAACAGUGAGAUGCCUGACAUAUGAGCCCGAUGCGAAGAUAUUUGCAAUGGGCUGUAUUCGUCGGAUCAUGGAAAGUGGUGUGGAGGAACUCCUCAGCUCCGUCAAGAUUGCUGAUGAGGUCAGUUUCAAGACACUUGACUCGAUCGAACUCAAAGACGGAGAACUUGUGCAGUGUAUUGUUUCAGUGGGAUCGUUGGACGAUGCCGAAUCUCCACAAGGGCCAUAUUUUGUGGUCGGCACCAGCUACCUUGCCAAGGAUGACAAUGGAGAAGAGGUCUCAAAAGGACGAAUUAUCAUAUACGAAGUCAACAGGGAGAAGAAGCUCAAAAUAGUGACCGAGUUGCUCGUCAAAGGGGUGGUGAGUAGCUUGGCCAUGUGCGAGGGUAAACUUGUCGCCGGGCUACUCAAGACGGUCGUCUUAUACGGGCUCAGAUCAUCGUCGACAAGAGGUCGAAGUUCUCUGGAGCUCGUUAGACUAGCAACCUAUCGAACCGCGUCGAAUCCACUCUCGUUGGCAGUCACACCCUCGACAGAAGACACUCCAGCCUUGAUCGCAGUCGCUGACAUUAUGAGGUCGGUCUCAGUUUUGAAAGUCGUCUUACCAGAUGAGGAGGACGCAAACUAUUACUUGCGCGAGAUCUCACGACACUUUGCCACGGUUUGGUGCUCUGCCAUUGCCGCAACUGUCGAACAUGAAUGGAUCGUAGGCGACAUGGAAGGCAACUUGCUCGCUCUUCGCCAGAACCGCGACGCUCCUGUGGAUGAGGCUUGGAGAAGAAUGGAGGUGAUUGGUGAAUUCCGCCUCGGUGAAGUGGUCAACAAGAUUGUUCCCAUAUCGCGUGUGCCUGGCCCAUCUCAGGUUUCAGAUGAAAGUUCUGGAAACGGAAACGAGUCGAGCAAAGGUAAGAACAAGUUGUCCAUCGCGGCACCUCGGACGGGACCCCUGGUCACACCGCGUGCGUUUAUUGCGACGGUUGAAGGAGCGAUUUACAUGUUGGCAACCAUCAAUCCAGCAUUUGUCAAUGUGUUGCUGCUACUACAGACGGCGUUGGCCACUCGAGUGCAGGCUCCUGGUUUCAUGCCGUGGAGCAAGUAUCGGGCGUGGCAAACAACGGUGGUGGAGAAGGACGAACCCUUUCGAUUCGUUGACGGAGAGAUGCUGGAACAGGGGUUGUUGUCCCUAUCAGAUGCAGAUCUUGAGCAAGUCCUCGAGGAGGCCGGUCUACGAGAUGCCAGGCACAACGUCACUGUGGAUGAGAUAAAAGCAUGGGGAGAGUCCCUUCGAAGAUUAUACUAGGGCAAUGUAAUUGGAUAGAGUAUAAUAGAACUUGGAUGGCAUGCAACGGGUGUCAAUCAGGUAAAAUUUAGACGAGUCGAUGAAG